AUGGUUCCAGAAAAACAUGGCCUUGCCCAUGAUGGUAUGGGUAGCGAGUGUGACGAGGGCGCGCGCAUCAAUGCCGCCCAAGGUGGUGUCCAAGCCGCUGCGGCGCUGGCCGCGCCUGCUCUGGUCAUGCCGCCUGAUACUGAGCCACUGCGGCCGUACUCGGUCUUCACAGGGCUGCAAAAGCGGGCGAUCAUUCUCUCUGCUUCCUUCAUGGGGCUAUUGUCCUUCAUGGGGAGCAGCAUUUACUUCCCGGCGGUAAAUCAGAUUGCUCAUGAUCUCAAUAUCUCCAAUUCGAAAAUCAAUCUGUCGGUUACGACAUUCCUAGUCGUCCAAGGCAUCGCGCCCACGAUGAUUGCGGGUUUCUCCGAAACCGCCGGAAGAAGACUGGCCUACAUUAUUUGCUUCAUCAUUUCCAUCAUCGCCAAUCUAGGGUUAGCGUUGCAGAACAACUACUAUGCCCUGCUUUUCUUGCGAAUGCUGCAGUCGGCAGGUAGCUGUGGUAUAAUGAGCCAAGCCCUUGUUGGAGACUGUAUAGUUUCCGCAGAGAGAGGGGAAUAUCUUGCAUAUUCCUCUGUGGCUGCGACCCUUGGUCCCUCGCUCAGUCCAGUCCUAGGCGGCUUGAUCAGCCAACGUGCAGGGUGGCACUGGAUAUUCUGGUUUCUCGUCAUCAUGUCUGCAGCUACGCUUGUCCCACUGGUGCUCUUUCUUCCAGAGACAUGCCGUCAGAUUGUCGACGACGGAUCCAUUCCCGCGCCGCUGCUCUGCCAAAAUCUGACUGAUGCAAUUCGGUUCAAGGAUGGGCAUUUGAGGGGUAUCCCGGUUGAUUAUGAAAAGCAGGCAGAGUUGCACAAGAAAUUUCGCCUUGCUGUCCCCAAUCCUCUUUGGACGCUGCGCAUACUUGCGAAUCCUGCCUCUGCGCUCCUAGUGCUAACAUUGAGUCUUGCGAAUGUAUGCUACUAUGCUAUAUUCACCGACAUGUCCAAGAUUCUCUACGACCUCUACGGCUUCUCCAACACGCAGAUCUCGCUCGUUGCGCUACCAGUGGGUGCUGGAACUAUUGUGUCAAGCUUUGUGACCGGUAUGCUCCUGGAUUGGAACUACCGUCGCCACGCCAGAAAACUCCAGAUUCCGCUUGAGAAACAUAUUCAAGUGGACAAUUCCAAACUUCCGCUCGAGUUAGCCCGGCUCCAGGUGGGGUUACCACUCAUGUUCCUCGUCGUGGUUGGUGUUGUCGGCUAUGCCUGGACGCUCCAAAGCGGCCUGUCAAUCGCAGGUCCGCUCGUGUUCCUCUUCAUCGUUGGAUACGGUGUAAGCGCUACCUCACAGGUUACUAUUGUGCUGAUGGCCGAUUUUCACCCCGGCCAGUUCGCUGUCGCAGCGGCAGCGAGAAAUGUUGGCCAAUGCAUCCUGGCUGCUGUUGUAAGCGCCACGAUAGAGCCAAUGUCUCAGGCUAUGGGAAGCAGCUGGGCUUACUCUACUUUGGCAUUUAUAUUUGGGCUCAGCUUAUUAGGUCCAGUGGCAGUCUUAAGAUAUGGUACGAAAUGGCGAGGCCAGAAGAAAGUUAGCCGACAUUAUUGA